AUUGACAAUCGAAAACAAUAAAGCCUGGAAUUCGGAUUACAAUAGUUUUUUCUCGUUUAAUAAAAACGAUUUAAAUGCAAGAACGAAGGAAUUUACCGAAAUAGGUGCAAAUAGUUUGUUUCAGAAGAAAUUCGAGAUAAGUAACCAGGUCCUGUGACAACGAACAAUAUGGAUUUCGGCCGCCAAAGAGACUUUUCCGAGUUCUACGAGCAACUGAACGAGCUGAGAAUGAAAUUCCGAAAUUGGGAUAGUUGCGAAAAAACCGUCGCUCUGUAUUAUCUCAUGGUGGGUUUACCUUUUGCUAACGCGCGAUUUUUGCAAAACGCCCUGGACCAGUUGGUUACUACAAUCAACACACCGGACACUCAAGUUAUGGAGCUGAACGCCAACGAUCCUGAGGUAAUCAGAAGUUUUUUAUCAGAAAAUCCCCAGUCAGCCCUGUGUUCCCUUUUAAAUCACUUGCCUUUAUUGAGACCAGGUAACAAAGAAGCCGCUAAAUGUUAUUUAAAUACUAUUCAAAGAAUUCUGACCGAAUUUAUUACUCCACCAUUUAAAAAGAUUUAUAAUGAAUGUGUGGAGAUCAUGUCUUAUGUUUAUAUUCAUCCGGCUUUUGACAAAGAGGAUAAAACCAUGUUUAAACACUUAUUAAAGCAAGUUCUUAAUAGGGUAACCCCUGAAAACUUUGUACACUCGCCUGUUAAUGAGCCUAGUUUGAACAAAAAAAGAUCUAACAGCCUCACACCAGGAACACCAUAUAUAAACGACACAGAGAGCUGGUCUUCGCAAGAAAAUUUGAUACAGUCAUAUCAAAAACCCAGAAGUUUCUCUUUAUCUUGUGAUAAAACCUUGACAGAUGCCUCAAACAUCCAAACAAGCAGCUCUGACAGUAAACUCGAGGAGAUAAUCAGAAACAACUUUCCAUUAAUGAAAAGUAUAAUGUCCUGGUUAAAGUCUUUAAGGCUACAUAAGUACAGUUGGAUUUUCCACGACCUUACGGCAAACCAAAUGAUGAACAUGAGCGAAGACUACCUGAUGGGAAUGGGUGUGACAAAGGGAGCAAGACAAAAGCUACUCCUCAGCCUCCAGAAGCUGAGAAAUCGCCAAAAGCUCCUCUUAGAUUUAGAGAUGGGCCUGAUGAACGGCAGUAAUGUAUAUGAUGCCCUUAAAGAACUUAAGGGAGUCCUACAGAGCCCCAUGCAAAUAACCAUGGGGGAAGACUUGUGUUCUUUGUUCGUAAAAGUCAUGGGCAAAGUGUGCACCCAACUUUUAAUGUCCAGACAUCCAACUGAUGAGACUCUAGUAUUAUUUAAUUCAUUGUGCGAAAAAGCCAAUGGUCUAGACUGCUUUACUGUGGACCACAAGAAGAAAUUGGCCAUGUGGAAGGAACAACUGGACGCGCAAAACCUGAUUGUGCCAUGCCCCCAAAGAAUGUCCAGUCGGAAAUCAUCUCGGUCAAAAAACCCACCGCCCAAUUUGUUCGAAGUACCUGCAGAAUUGAUUCCUAGUGCUCAAAAAAGUUCGUCGUAUCCCAACAUGCAGAUAAAUACUAAUUUACCUAUGCAUAGACAUUCGGUAGACAGUGUGACCUUACAAAACCAAUUGUUGCAAAUUAAUAAUACGGAACUGCAUCAAAAUGUAAAUAAUAAAUAUAGUUAUAAGUUAGCAUCUAAGGCGGAGUCUUUGAAAAAUAAUUGUGAUAUCGAAAAUAGUCUAGAGAGUUUAUGUAUACAGAUGAUGGAGCACGCGUUGGGGCCCUAAGUGUGUUUGUUUCUUUUUUUUGUCAUUAAGUGUAUUGAUGUUGUUUAGUAGGUAUUAAAUACCAAAAUUAUUAUUGUAUAAGUGUUUUAUCCCUGUUUGUUUAUUUUAUAUAUUAAUUUUGACAAAUUUAUAUUUUAAAGAUGCUAUUUAUUUUAAUACCGUUAGGUAUAAGGUGACUAUAAAUCUCUAUUUAAAAGAAUUGGAAUAUGGAAUAAAGAGAGAGAAUGUUUUAUCUUUUAA